AUGCCCACUCCAAAGCUGCACCAACGCGACUGGAAAGAGGGAACUGUUUAUUUGUUCCAAUUCCCGCGCACUCAUCUGAUCCCUUCUCCGUCGCCGUUCUCGCUGAAGUUGGAGACUUGGUUGCGGAUGAAUGAUAUUGCCUAUGAGAAUAUCUCAACUGAAUUCAAAAAGACCUCCUCGAAAGGUCAAGUUCCAUUCAUCGAGUUCAAUGGGCGCCAAUUCGCUGACAGCAAUCAAAUCAUCGUGUAUCUCAUCAAAGAAUUGCACAAGGAGAGUCUUGACGGCAAUUUGUCACAGCAAGAUCUGGCCUAUCGUCAGGCUUUCCAUCAUCUCUUAGAGCAAUCGAUUUUCUGGUCAAUGGUCUGCAAUCGUGCGCAAACAGGCGACUGGCUUUUUUCUGACAAAGGAGCCGGCUCGCAUUUUAGUGGCCUCAAAAAGACGCUCGCUCAGAAACUUGGGCCAAUGUUCUUCAAGAAAAAGCUGACCUCAAUGGCUCACUCGCAAGGCUACGGUCGACACUCGAUUGAAGAAAUCGAACAACAAAUGAUCAAAGAUCUCGACUCUUUAUCGACUUUCCUCGGCUCAAAGCAUUUCUUUUUUGGCGACAAAGCGACAACUUUUGAUGCAACAGCUUUCGGGCAUUUAUGUCAAGUGGUUUAUACACCGAUCGCCACUGCUGGAGUCUUGAAACAUAUCGAGGAGCAGAAUAAGAAUCUUAUCGAUUUCCUCGAGCGAAUGAAGGCGAACUAUUGGCCGGAUUGGAACGAUGCCACUGAGAACCUCAGCUUCUCCUCGAAUUGGCAUAAAGAA